CACGUUUAUUCGAACCGCAGAGUCCGCACAAGAGGAUAAUUCCUCCGCGGUAAAUCUGGAAAACUUAUAGAAAAACAAGAAAAAACCCAAAAACAUGGCAAAAUAAAAAGACAAGGCUUGGAUUUGGGCUUGAGAGAAGGUGUGGUGUGCAUUAUUCGCAGGCGCAGGCUAGGAGAUUUUAUAGGGAUAAUAUUCAUGCUAAACAAUAGCGGUGCUGUGUUUAGCUCUCGUGAUUCGUGAAGACUCCUUUGCUUUCUAUUUACCGUCACAGGGGAGGUAAUUGAUGUCGCUGGAGCAAGUGGAAUGCUGCGCAGAUGGCUGUGAUAAAAAUUUGGACGACACGAGUUAUUCUCUGCAGAAAUUCAAGCUUUAUGAGACUCGAUCUAACUUCUAUAUGCUAGGAAAGGACAAAAGAAGAGCACAUUGGAGAGUCCUGAAGAUAGAUAGGCUGGACCCCUCUGAAUUAAUAAUUCGUGAAGAUCCUACCAUUUAUACGAAAAAUGAGUGUCAAGAACUAUUACACAGGAUAGAUGAAGGAAACAAGUCAACAGGCGGCCUUAAUUUUGUCACUAAGUGCUAUGGAAUUGUUGGGUUUAUCAAGUUUUUGGAGCCGUACUAUAUGAUACUUAUUAAAAAACGAAGACAAAUUGGAGAUAUAUGUGGGCAUGCCAUAUUUGGAAUCACUGAGAGCCAGUUAAUUUUGGUUCCACAUCCUACUGUACGAACAAACUUGGCAUAUUGUAAAGAUGAACAAAGUUACAAGAAGCUGCUGUCUACUGUGGAUAUCACAAAGGACUUCUUUUUCAGCUACACAUACAAUGUCACCAGGAGUCUGCAAAAGAACCUCUGUAAUGAUGAGACAGAGAAAGUACUUUUUGAAACAAUGUUUGUAUGGAAUGAAUUUUUGACUCAGCGCAUCCGCAACUCUUUGAACAACACACUUUGGACAGUGGCAUUGGCAUAUGGAUUUUUUAAGCAGGCUAAACUUUUGAUUUCUGGGAAACAGUUUAGUUUGACUCUCAUUGCCAGGCGUUCAAGGCAUUAUGCUGGAACAAGGUAUUUGAAACGAGGAGUUAAUGAUAAAGGUAGAGUAGCAAAUGAUGUUGAAACAGAGCAGAUUGUUUUUGAAGAUGUGUCUGAAGAAAGCCCACGGCAAAUUUGCUCUGUUGUCCAACAUCGAGGCUCAAUACCCCUAUACUGGUCUCAGGAAACUUCACGCUUAAAUUUAAAGCCUGAUAUUAUAUUACAAAAAAAGGAUCCAACAUAUCAGGCUACAAAACUUCAUUUUGAGAAUCUUGUAAAAAGAUAUGGAAAUCCCAUCAUUGUUUUGAAUCUUAUCAAGGGGCAUGAAAAGAAGCCUCGAGAAAGUAUUCUGUGUGCAGAGUUUGCCCAUGCAGUUAAGCAAAUAAACAAAGAUCUUCCUGAAGAUAGUCAAUUGAAGUUCAUACACUGGGAUUUACAUAAAUUUUUUAGAAGUAAAUCAGCAAAUGUUUUACAACUAUUAGCAAAUUUGGCAGUUGAUGCAUUGGAUCGCACUGGAUUCUUUUAUAGCUGGAUAACUUCUGACAUGAAAAUCGACAAGCAGGAGCCAAAGAACAAUUUGGAAGACGACAAUGCUGUGGAAAGGUGUACACCAAUGGUUUGUGAUGAUCCCAAUGAGAAAGACUUGGAAAAAAAACCUUUAUUUCAAAGAGGAGUUCUACGAACAAACUGUAUUGAUUGUCUGGACCGUACAAAUGUUGCUCAAUAUGCAUAUGGCUUGGUUGCUCUAGGUCGUCAGCUUCAUGCUUUAGGUAUGAUAAAUAUGCCUGAAAUUGAGUCAGAUUCACGAUUAUCUGAAGCUCUGAUGGGAUUGUAUGAGACUAUGGGUGAUACACUUGCUUUGCAGUAUGGUGGUUCUGCGGCUCAUAACAAGGUAUUUUCUGAGAGAAGAGGGCGGUGGAGAGCAGCUACAAAUUCACAAGAAUUCUUCAGAUCACUUCAACGUUACUAUAGCAAUGCUUAUAUGGAUGCAGAAAAGCAGGAUGCUAUAAAUGUGUUUUUGGGCUACUUUCAGCCUCAACAAGGGAAGCCCGCUCUUUGGGAGUUGGAUUCUGAUCAACAUUGUAACAUUGGACGUCGGAUUGAUAGUUUUGUAAAUGAUAAUGCAAGAUCAGAUUUUAAGAGGUGUUUAUCAGACGGCAAUAUUCUUUGGCAAAAUGCUACCUCAAUGUCCACAAAUUCGACUGCAACAGAUAACCCCUCGAAGGCCAAAAUGCCAUUGACUGAAAGGUCUCUACAAGAAUCAAAUGGAACUUGCACAGAGGAUUCCCUUUCAGAUUAUCAAAGGAUUCGAGAUGGAAAUUCUUAUUCAAGAUUUAUGCCAUUAGCAAGUCGCAGGAAGUUACAUUGUGAUUGUAGUGAGAAUCAACCUCCUACUAGUGAAAGGCUUUUCCAGAGUGAUCAACAAGGAAUAGGAGGUGGCUUAACCAAAUCAAACUUGAUUGAUGUGGAUUGGCUUUCUUCCUCAGGAAAUUCAUGCGAGGAAGAUGCAUGUGAAAGAUGGGUGGUCACCAGAGAAAUGAGAACAAACUCUUCUGCAAGUGACAUUACGAAUGCCCUGGAAAUUAAUGACUUGAAUAUUGAUUGCGGUCAGGGGUCAGAGAUUGACAAAUCAGAUCGACCUAUCAUGGAAAGAACUGAUUGCAACGGGACACUACUCACAGAAUCAGGACUGGAGGAGAUUAAAGAAUCAGAUUGCACUUCAGGAGAAAAUCAAGAUGCAGAAUGCCUAAGUGAAUUCUCAACCAGCUUUGCUCAAUGGGUCUUUCAUGGACAAACACUAUGCCAUUAAUCCAUUCCCGUUACUUCUUAGGUACUGUAACACAGAUUUUUUAUGCCCGUCCCUUGCUUUGUGUCAACUGUAAGGACAAUCUGUCCUCAACUCUAUGAUAUUUUCCUAUUUUAUGCACUCCACUCUCACCUACUUUCCCCAACUCCACUUGGCAAAAAGGGGCAUGAAGGUUUAAUUAAUGUCAAACUAUGCCUCUGUAGACGCUCCGGCUUUGUAUGAUAAUUCAUAUAAGCUAUCCUGAGUAUAAACCUGCUGUUGUAGAAUGCUGUACUGGAUCCAGCAAAAUGUCGGAUUCUAUACUACUGUUAAGAAAAAAACUGCCAAAAAUAAGGGUUAUCUUGAAUGAGUUCCAUUCUCAUCACUUUUGCACCAAGACUAUUGCAAGUCUGUGUGUGCCAGGAAACUAAUAAUAAGGAAAAUAGCUAACUUGCUGCAGAUCAGGCUUGAUCUUCUGAUUUAGUACCUAUAUCCACAAUUACAAAGUUGUGAUUUUCAUUCUUGGAGGGAUAUUCAAGAUUCAUUAGGCAUUGUCGAUUUCAUCCAUCAAAGCUAAUAAAUUAUUGGCUUUUAGUGGGCUGGGAUGCUGGAGGUGGCAAUUGUAAAUAUUCAAGAACAAUGACAACUUUUGUGAAUUAUUUCUAAUUUAUUUUUUGUAAAUAACAACCCUAGGUCAGUGAGACAUUUUGCGGCAAUAAGGAUCAAUAGUAUGAUUGCUGAUUCA